AUAUUGUAAUCGUUAUUUGAACAAGGAGAUUGCAACUUUUAUCUGAAGUACUCUUCUAGUGGAGACCAUGAACAGACGUCCUCUUUAAAGCAGCAAAAGUUCCAUACCAUAGCAGCUUGAAGUAGAACGAAAGAUAGAGACAUAGACACAUACGAGAAGAGGAAUGGAAAAGGUAGGUGAAGAUGAGGAGAAGACCAUUGAUGAAGCAAGCAACUCAAUUAAGGAGAUGAGGAGUGACAAGGAAGAUGAAAGAAUCAGAGGUACUAUUGCUGAUCCGGUUAAUCCAGUAGACUCCACCAAAGAAGGCUCCACGGGUCCAUCUAACUCACAAACAGUCCCCUCCAAUGAUCCUGAUUUCAAUGAAUCUGAUAUGGAAGACGAAGAGAAGGUUCUCAAGUUUUUUAGGCGUAAUAAUGUCUUGAUACCUGAGGUCGCCAUGAGAAACAACUUCCCAUAUCUCAACAACACUGAAGGGAUGGUAUUUCAAUUUCAAGAAGACACUCCUGCAGAAACAGAACAAUCAGAUAUUAUGUUCCGCAGUUUGAAUGAUAACAACGAGAUUGCCGAUAUAGGCCUAGUGAACCUGAAUUCACCUGAAGUUCUUCAAGCCGAGUCAGCAUCGGAUUCAAAUGAUACUGAAGACUCAUCAAGUAACUCAGACCUUGAUAUCAGCCUUUCCAGGUAUUAUUUUGACGGGUCCUUACCGGUUUCAUCUCAUGUCGAAGAAUAUGAAACCCAUCUAGAUGAAUCUCCUGUACCUAAAGAUGAAAACCAGAUGCCUCUACUGUGCUCCAAGCAACCCGUGCUGCAACCAACUUCAUGGAGGAAUUGUUGCGGACUCCUUGCGCUUCUCCGGGCUGCUGAUCAAUAAAAUUAAGGUAUGGGGAAAAUCGACCUCUAAUGAAUUAGGAAGGAAUGACUAAAAGCAUAAGCACAAGACCUGUGACAAGUUGUCCUGAUAACCAACACAAAAUGGUUUCUAAUAGUAAGUUGCCCCUGUUUAGUUUCCUGAGUUUACGAGCAAUCUUUAGGAUCUGUGUAAUGAAGCACUGCCAAGCAAUCUAUAAGCAAAAUGCUUAUCUUUCUAAUAUAGUUAACAGAAAGAUUACAAACUA